GAUGAUUCUUCCAUCCAACCUUUUCUCCUAACUUGAAAACCCAGAACAAAAAGAAAGAAAGAAACUGUAGAUAUGAAAGGUCGAUCUUCAAGGCACGAACCAAAAGAAAGAAUGGAAAUUGAUAAGAUUAGUAAACUCAAAGAAGAGCCUCGUCUAUCUGGUGCUUAUAUCCGUAACCUUGUUAAACAACUCACCACUUCCAGAACCAAAAACCACCUCAUCAACCUCCCCAAAGAACCCGACGACGGUUUCGAUGGCCAGAACUCGGCCAAAUUCGGUGAAGGUUUUAAUGAAACACCGCCACAGACGACCCAGCAACAACCCCAGCCACCACCUCAACAACAUAAGAAGCAGGUGAGGAGGAGACUUCACACCAGCAGGCCUUACCAAGAAAGGCUGCUUAAUAUGGCUGAGGCUAGGAGAGAAAUUGUCACCGCACUCAAGUUCCAUAGAGCUUCCAUGAAACAUGCAAAUGAUCAGCAGAACCAACAACAGCGGCUGCAGCAUGAGCAGCAAUUGUUGUCCCAUACUACCUCUAAUCUUUCAUCUCCACCACCACCACCUUUUGAACAAGAACCUAAGACUAAGUCUAGGAGAAAUCCUAGGAUAUACCCAUCAAGCACCACAAACAGCUUGUCUAGUUAUAAUUUAGACAGUUUUUCAUCUUUCUCUCAACAUUACCCUCAUCCUACACCUGCUCCUGCAAAUCCAUAUUCUUGGCCUGCUCCUCAUCAGACUUGUUUUCCGUCUCCCACAGAUGCUAUCAACUUCACUCUGCCAAACCAAACCUUAGGCCUAAACCUUAACUUUCAAGAUUUCAACACCAUAGACACCAGCCUUUACCAUAACAACGACAACCCAUCAAUCUAUUCAUCAUCAUCUCCAUCGUGUUCGUCCUCGCCGACUCUCUCGGUUGUAACCGAAGAAGUUCCUUCGGUUGCACUAUCAUCACAUGAAGUGCGGACAGGAGCUAUGGCGGCUGAUCUAACUAAAUCCUACGGUGGGGAAGGACUGCAUCAAGCUAUGGAUGAUGAGGAAAUGGCGGAGAUCAGAUCAUUAGGAGAACAGCAUCAGAUGGAGUGGGAUGACACCGUGAAUUUGGUAACAUCAGCAUGGUGGUUCAAGUUCUUGAAGACUAUGGAACUGGGGGCACCUGAAGUGAAAGCUGAGGAGGAGGAUGGCUAUCAACCAUUUGAUCAAGUGAUGGAAUUCCCUGCCUGGUUGAAUGCAAAUGACGCCUGCUUGCAACACCAUUUCACUGAUAUUUGCCCUGAUGACUACUUCCAGGAUUCUGCCUUACCUUGCAUGGACAUUGGAGAAAUUGAAGGAAUAGAUGGGGAAUGGCUGGCUUAACAAGGAUUGAUUGUGUUUUUUAAUUAAUCAAACCCUUGGCAAUUUAUGUCCCCUUUGUUUGCAUCUUUAAGUCCUUUCGCCCCUACUUUUUUAAGCACUGCUAUCUCUAGAAAUUUAAAUAACAGGCUUGCACAUGUGGAAGGUCAACACGCAUUGCAGGUCAUUCGGGAAAAUAAUAUUACUAUGUAUCCAGCGAGAGGAGUUUGUUUUCUC